ACUGACACUCGAUCUACACAUUUUGCAUUAUUUUUUUUGUUUGUAAUUAGGGAAAAACGUAGUUAAAUUAACUAUACAUUUUUUUUAAGUGCACUGAAGACUGAAAAUUUAAUAAAACAAUUCACACAAAAGCAAGUGCAAGUGCAAUACAGUUUUAAAAUAAAAGGUCAGCAAAGUCUUUACCAAAAAAAAAAAGAAAAAAGCAACGCCGUUGCCCCUUUGCCUUUCCGUUGUGUGUAACACAGCGUUAGAAAGAGAAAAAAAAGAUAGUGAGAGUGCGAGUGCGAAAGAGAAAGGUGGCUAGUAAGUGACUGCGUGAGUGAGUGAGCGAGGGAUAAAAAAAGAACAUGUAAUGGUAAAUGUAAAAUGGACGAAACCAAAACAGAUGAUAUUUUCAGCCACAAACAACAACAACACCAACAACUACAACAAUGUAUGUAUUCAAUGAAUGUUAAGUGCGAGAGACGAAUAAAAGAAAAUUAGAUAAAAACGAAAGAAAAAAUCAAAUAAAAUUAGCUCACGCCUGAAUUUCAAGUUUCGAGCGCAAGCAAUAAAAUUAAAAAAAAAAACGCAACAAGGAGAAAAAAACCAUUUUCAUUUUGUCUCUGUGUGCGUGCUGCAGUUUUUCCUGCAGAAAAACCACCUGCAUUGAUUUAUAGUCGAAGACGAAGACGGCGACACGGCGGGGUCAGUUGCAGGAGAGGAUAUACAAACACACACACUCACGGCAGCAUACACUGACUGAUAAAAAGUAUUCCACAAACACAGACACACACUCGCACACACAGCCUGUGAGUUUAACACAACCAACCACUCGGCUGCAUACAUAUAUAACGGAGGAAGAAAAGAAAGAAACACAGACAUAUUCUCAAAGGAUUGGAGUGGACUGGGGAAUUGGGCGAGCGUGCGAUCUUAAACUGGAACCGUAAAAAUUGCUGAAGGUGUGAGGGUGGAAAAAGGACAAUACGACUUUGGAGACACCUGCGCAGAUAUUAAAGUUGUCCAAUGUCAAAUAAAAUCAAUCCGAAACGCCGUGAACCGACAGCAGCAGCAGCAGCAGCAGUAGCAGCAGGAGUCGGCGGAGGAGUCGGUGGCGGAGCAUCUGGUGUGGCCACCGCAAAUACAAAUACAACCGGUAGCAGUUCAACAGGCGGCUCAAGCAGUGCCGGGACUACAUCAUCGGCAAAUACAUCAUCUUCGUCCAGCUCGUCUCUAUCGUCCGCCGGAGGCGGUGAUGCUGGCAUGUCUGCUGAUCUGACGUCCCUGUUCGAGUGCCCCGUGUGCUUUGAUUAUGUCUUGCCGCCGAUAUUGCAAUGUUCUAGCGGACAUUUGGUCUGUGUGUCGUGCCGUUCCAAGCUCACCUGCUGCCCCACAUGUCGCGGCCCAUUGGCCAAUAUACGAAAUUUGGCUAUGGAGAAGGUGGCAUCAAAUGUAAAAUUUCCAUGCAAGCAUUCGGGCUAUGGAUGUACUGCCUCUCUGGUAUAUACAGAAAAAACAGAGCAUGAGGAGACUUGCGAGUGUCGUCCAUAUUUGUGCCCCUGUCCGGGGGCCUCAUGCAAGUGGCAAGGACCGCUGGAUCUAGUCAUGCAGCAUCUGAUGAUGUCGCACAAGAGCAUCACAACACUACAGGGCGAGGAUAUUGUAUUUCUGGCCACCGAUAUUAAUCUUCCCGGUGCUGUCGAUUGGGUAAUGAUGCAAUCCUGUUUCGGUCAUCAUUUCAUGCUCGUCCUGGAGAAGCAGGAAAAAUAUGAUGGCCACCAGCAGUUCUUUGCCAUAGUUCAACUCAUUGGAUCACGUAAGGAGGCUGAAAAUUUCGUCUAUCGCUUGGAACUGAACGGCAAUCGUCGGCGUCUAACCUGGGAGGCAAUGCCACGAUCUAUACACGAGGGCGUUGCCUCGGCCAUACACAACUCGGAUUGCCUGGUGUUCGAUACAUCGAUAGCGCAGUUAUUUGCCGACAAUGGAAAUCUGGGCAUCAAUGUGACCAUCUCGUUGGUCUAAAUUCACCCAUCAUUCGCAUCAUCCAUUAAUUUGAAUUUUAUGUUUUUUGUUUUUUUUUUUUUUUGAAAAGAAAAUUGAAUUUUUUUUUACACCUCCUCCCGAAUAAUCGGACUAUAUAUACUAUACAUAUAUAAGAUCUUGGAAGUUUAUAAGAAUUGUAAGCAGAAUCGUUUCUAAAACGUUUCCAACAAAUAUAUUUAUUCGGCGGAGUGUCUUGUACUCAA